AUGGGCUACAUUGCACGAACAGAUGAUCUUCCCGACAUCGCUCGUAAAGGAGGUCUCGUCGACCCCCGAGCUGAGGAUCAGCCUCUCUUCUUCGAACGCAUGUCCUGUCGGGACGUGAAUGAGUUCGUUUCCAAUCCUGCCAAUGUCUCUCCAUUGAGCUCAGGAAACCCAAGCGCUGCUACUAAGCCCACUAGCUUGGGCAUGCGGUUGCGCCAGCCAGCUAUCCAGAGCCAGGCCAAAAUCGACGAAUUCCGCGCACGCUCCGAGAAGAUCAAACAGCGUAUGCCAAUCAGAAACGCCAAACAGCCUAUAUCUGACCUGGUACCGGAUCUGGUGGUCACCGGUGGUCUCAGUCGCUCGCCCGCUUUCGAUUGUCUGCCUGUCUUCUCCCAUUGGGCUGACCGCACAGGCGAGCUCUCCGCUACCGACCUGGCUGCUACCGUCCGGCUUACCUCCACCUGGGGCACUGCCCAUAUUGCGGCAGAGGGAGUCAACAUGGACGCCCCUCGGGGAGCUCACGCCUGGUCACUCAAAUCCCACGGCAUAGGCCCUGCCGAGCCCGGAGCAAGCAAGUUCUCUCAGCAAUACGACGCCGAAACUGACACCCUCACCACAACCGUUAACGUGGCGCGCCGUCUUGAUACUCCUCGAACGGACGGUGUUUUGGGUGCCGUCUCCAGUGUCUCAUGGAUGCGCAAUGCACGUGUUGCGGAUGCCGUCGAUUGCGCCGCCGGCUUGCUCUCAGAUGCCUCGACUCUUUUGGAAGCACGCGACAGAAUGAUCGCGACCGGCGCGCCUGAGUACGUGGGAUUUGCCGAAGUGCGCCCCGUCGACAUGCCCAGCUGGUGCUCUGCGCGCAAGCCUCUCGCACCCAAGCUGAGUGGCGUGGCCGUCGCAUCUGAUCCAACUGCAGUCAACCUGUUCACCGGGGAGGACUGCCAGGGCCCCAUGCUCAACACCAGUGUGUUUGCCAUGACAAGUGGUUACAACCGUGGUGUCUACGGUGGUUCAAUCUCUGGCUUGUGGUCGACCAUGGACGCAUCUUUCGUCAUGGAUUACUCCAUCGGUGUUCACAGCGCUGCCAUGGCAGACAAACUCUCCAUUGCUUUUGCCGAUGCGGCCGCCGCUGCUGAAAAGUCCGCUUAUGCCGGCCCGCACAUUACCGACAUCAGCCUUGUCAAAGGCUGCAAUUAUUCCUGCUUGCGCCAGAAGACCGUCAUCGAGGAUUCCCACCCGAUUCCUUCUCGUCCUACCAUCGUUGUAUGGAAUGAUCUGGCCCGCCUUGCCCGGUACAAGUUGGCCGAUGCGGUGUUCUGUCACGUCUACUACGAUGGAGGUGGUAGCGAGCACAUGGCUGCCAUCGCCGGUCUGGGCUGCGUCGCGCACGACUGGAUCGACCUUGGAGCCGAUGUAGCGUGCGGUGAAGUCAGUAACAUCAUCCCUUCAUUGACACGAGGUUCCUUGGAGGAAGCCCCACUGGCCGAGGUUUACGCCCGCAUAAUAGGUGCUAUGAUCUGGUACCGCGACAACGAUCCCUACAACCCAGCAGCCAAUUGCCUCCUCUUCACCCACUGGUGGCAGCUCUCCAACUGCCGUCACCGCCCCGUCACUCUCCUCGGCCGGACUGAUCUCCCUGUCGACGCGGGCAUCGUCCCCAUCGUUCCCGAUGAGAGACCUCCUCUGGAACACUUCCGGGCAAACGGCACCAAGGUCGAGCGCGGUGCGCGUGCGCUUGCCAACGCUGAAGCACGUCUUGAGGCUCUCAUUGCCUCGGAUCCCUUGCCGGAGACCCGUGCUGUCAUUGACCUCCUUGUCAAGCCUGUUCUCGCUUACGUCAAGGGCGGUGAUACCCUACCCUCGGAGAACGAAUAUGUCGGAGCUACCCUCGCUGCCCAGGUAGCUUACCCUCAGGAUCAGAAGAUCCUCGAGAUGUGGGAUCUGGCUAUCGUCAUGUGGGAGUGUGGUGCGCUGUGGGCGUCCGGAGUGGCUGGACUCUGCUAUACUCAUGCUGGGUUGUCCAACUGUGACCGGGCUCGUAAGGACUUGUCGGACACUACUUGGAGUUAA